UAGAGUUUUAGUUGUGAAUGGGGCUUAGAACCAUGGUCUCCCCAAACAGAGGUCAUGGACCUCAAUGCCCUCCCCCUUUCCUAAGACAAGGUUCAGUGUACAGCCUCACUGUUGAUGAGGUCCAAGGCCCCCUGCCAGAACUUGGUAUGCCAUUGAAUGCUAUGAACUUGGAUGGGUUAUUAAAUUCAGUCAUUCCAGUGGAGCAGCAGAUUCAUGCGCCAUCUUCAUCAUCGUCAUCCAGCAGCAUUGCUCAACUUCUGCCUGGAAAUUGUAACUUGAACUGUUCUCUUAGCUGCAAGACCGUCGAUGAGGCAUGGCGAGAGAUCCGACAAGAAGAGCAGGGUGAUACCAAGAGUCCUGCAACAUUUGGAGAGACUACACUCGAGGACUUCUUGGUUGGAUCAGGUGUCGUUGGCAUGGGAUCUCGGGGGUGUGGCGGAGUUAAAGGGGAUUCAGAGUCUUUAUUGUCGGGCGAUCCAGUGGAGCCAGAGGAGUGGAUGCAAUACCAAUUGGCUGCUGCUCAGCAGCAACAGCAGGAUCAACAUAUGGCUCUAUUGGGUUCAGGCUUGUCGAUGUUUGGGAAUUCGAUAUCGAAUGCAGGGUUUAACGAGAACCAACAAAUGGGGCUUCCUAUGGUGUCAGAGACUAUGGCAAACUCCAUUUCAGUAGACUCACGGACUGCAGCAGAGACACAUCGGCCUGAUGAGAUCAUCGAUAGGAGUAUAGAGAGGAGGCAGAAGAGGAUGAUAAAAAAUCGGGAGUCAGCAGCUCGAUCUAGAGCAAGGAAACAGGCUUACAUAAACCAGUUAGAAGAGGAGGUGAGGCAAUUGACUAACACAAAUAAACGGCUCAAGAAGCAGAAGGUAUGGAAGCUGAUGAAAACUUUUUCAUUUUUAGAAUUUUGAUUUUGCUUUGUGUAAGCAAUUGUCCCAGGAUUUUGCAUUUUUGGGGGGGCCUUUAAGAUUCUUCAUGCACUGUAUGUGAACUUGACUGUUUGCUGAAGAACCAUAAUAUUUCUCACAAUGGCAGAGAUAUAUAUGGAUAAGUUUUACCAGGGGAACUUCCACAUGAGUUAGUCCUAAACCUUCGAGGUGUUUCCUCGUUUGUUAAUCAAACUUAUGGUCAAUUUAGGUAGUAGAUGUAGCACAAACUCCUUCAGAGCUCAUAGUGCCUCAUGUUGAUCAUACAAAUCAUGCAUGAAAGGAAAAGACUCUGAACUAUAUCUGGCAUGAUCUUUUUCUAGCAUUUUUAUACAUUUAAAAUGACUUCCACCCAUCCCUUACACUGAGUUACUGAUACAAAUUUUGUACCAUAUCAAACAUUCCUGUAAGAGGCCCAUAAGAAAUGGUUUAAGGGUCAGCUUAGGCAAUAAGACUUG